AUGGCGCUGUGCUCUAGCGCUGCUGUGUACGUGGCGCUGAGUUUGUGCGCUUUAUGCUCCGUGUGUGCGGCUGCCGGCACCGCAGGGGGCUCGGUUUCUCUCUCCGGCCUGCUGCCGGCUUACGACGAGCUCUACUACCGCGGAGUGCGGGCUUAUUUCUUGGAGAACUGGGAGGAAGCGGCCGAGUACAUAGAGCUGUCCAUAUCGACCCGAGAAGCUCUGCGCAAGGUCCGGAGAAAAUGCCACGACGAGUGCUCAACUGCAGGGGAUGAGACAGAUCCCACACCAGACAGAGAAAAAGGCAGCAUGUGGGACCUGUGGACAUUGGACUGGAUCCAACAGCGAGCAGAGUGUAUACGGUUCUGUUUGGGCCGAGCUGUUACUCCUGCUGGUCAGCUUCCUGUAUCGUCAGAUAUUGAGUAUGAAUUUGGGACUCGCAACACUUACAAUUUCCUGCAGAUGACCUACUACAAGUUGGGAAAGCCGAAGAAGGCUGCUGCUGCCGCUCAAACAUUCUUCAUGGCCAACCCGAGUCACCUGGAGAUGAGGAACAAUAUUGAGAAGUACAGACGUAUGACUGGUGUUACAGAGGAUGACUUUCGGGACAGAGAGAGAGAACUGGAGAAACACUGGGAGGUCUAUGAUGCUGCUGUCACAGCUGAGAGCAUCUCUGACUGGACCCAAGCGGUGCAAAGAUGGAAGGAGUGUGUGAACGAGACACUGAAGCAGACAGAUGAGUGUAGAGCUCAGUGUGUGGUGGCAUCACAGGUCUUCCCAGAGGUGACGUACGGCACAGACGGAGCAUAUGAAAAAGCUGCAGCCCUGUCUCUCUCUUUACUGGCAUGCAAACAAGCAUGCGUUAUUCUGGUGUCCACACGGCCUGGACGGAUCUCUCCUCAGGAGGAUUUCCUUCCAAUGCAACUAGAGCAUCUCCAUCUUGCCCAGUAUAAAGCGGGAGACCUGAAGGGGGCAGUGCAGACACUACGUUCUCUGCUGCUGUUUUACCCAAAAGACACGGAGUCACUCAGUAACCUGCAGCUCUACUCGGAGUCUCUGGAGGGCGACACUGAAGCACAGGCCACAGGCCCUUCGCAGGAAAUUUCCAACUACAUCAGCAGAGCUCUAAGAGAAAAGAAAUUGCUGUACUUUGGAGUGGAAAAUCUUGGUUUCCAAUUCUUCGACCCGGACCUGUGGACGCCGGAGGACAUCGUUCCUGAGUCACUGAGGGAGAGCUGGAGAGCAGAGAGAGAACAGCUUAGUGAGAAACUAAAGGAAGGACAGAAGCUGUUGGAGGUGGAUGACAGUGGAUUCUAUGCUGGAGGUCCAGUUCCUCUGGUUGGCGUGACCAUUACAAUGGAUGAUCAAGCCCUGAACGGAACCAACCGUGCUGUAUUGGACGGUGUUUUGUCCCAAUCUGAAUGUGACACUGUGAUGCAGCUAGCAAGUAUUGCGGCAUCAGUUGGUGAUGGUUACAAGGGCCGGCGUUCUCCACACACGCCUCAUGAGAAAUUUGAGGGUCUAACGGUCUUAAGAGCUUUUAAGUUGGCGCAGGAUGGAAUGUUGAACAGAUCAGAUGCCAAGCUGUUACAUGAAGUAGGAGAGAGAGCUAGAAUCUUAAUUCACUCCUAUUUCAGGAGUCACUCCGCCCUUUAUUUCUCUUACACACACCUUGUUUGCCGCUCCGCCAUUCCAGGGCAUCAGGAGGGCCGCUUGGAUCUGUCUCAUCCUGUUCAUGUGGAUAAUUGUAUACUGGAGCCAGAGACUAGGCAAUGCUGGAGAGAAGCACCUGCAUUCACACACAGAGACCUGAGUGCAAUUCUCUACCUGAACGAUGACUUUGAAGGAGGAGAGCUCUUUUUCACAGAUAGAGAUGCCAAAACAAUCACAGCCAGGGUGAAGCCCAGCUGUGGGCGCCUUGUUGGUUUCACUUCGGGACCUGUGAAUCCUCAUGGUGUCACGGCGGUCACAGCAGGCCGCAGGUGUGCACUAGCACUCUGGUUCACCACGGAAAAACAUCACAGGGACAUGGAACGAGAGGAAGCCGAGACCAUGUUGGGAAUAGACGGACAAAAAGAAAAGGAAGCAACGGAUAUGUUGGAUAGCAACCUCGCACCUGCUCGGAGUGGGCGGAGCCAGUCGUCUAAGGGCAGAAGCAAAGAGAGGGAGAGAGUGUCAAUUCGGAGAGACGAACUUUAAAAGUGAUUGAACCUCUGACACAUGAUCCUCCAAGUGCUCUGAUCUCUUUAUGAACAUUUGAUAUUCACUCCAGAAGCUGGAGCUGUAUGUGUGUGAGUGAAUUAUUUUCUGUAUAUAUAGUUAGCAUCAGCCCAUCCAGCAAUGUGAUACUGGUCACACAGUUCAUUUUUUUCUGUUCUUUUUUUUUUUUACUGAAUAAAUAAAUAAUAACGGGA